AUGCCAGUCGACCGACUUCCUCGAAGGGCUCUUUUCGCACAACCACGUGAAGGGUGGAGGAGAGCCAGAGGCGGUCAAACAGUGACUUGGCAGCGAAGUGUGAAAGCCAUUACCAGCAAACUCAGCUGCGCUGGUCACUGCCGUCUUCCUGGAUGGGGACCUCGAGAUGGGCCAUGUCAAUGGUUAGAGAUUGUCAGACAUAGCCCGGUCGCGCCCUCAAUGGCGCUCGUACAUCCAAGCUAUUAUCUUCAGUGCAUAGCUCCCUUCCCUAUCCCCCCACUUAACAGUCCACCUACACUCCCGCCUUCGUUCGCAACUAACCUACCCCACCUCCCCGAAUCAUCGGUGGACAAAACUGUGGCAGCUACAACCACUGUACGACAAAUAAAAAUGAAGCGGCACAUGGGACAAAAUUAUGCGCUCGGGAAGUGGAUAGAAAAGACCACUGAGGGAGAGAAGAGGUUGAUAAAAAGACAAGUGGAGGAUAGUCCUAGCCAAGGGCUUUCAAAUAAAUCAUGGUUGUACGGCAGCGAAGCAUCAGUGCUGAACACUGAUGUCGUGCUGUCGAUGAUGAUGAUGCCUCAUGGUCUCAUGAAAAAUAUGCACCUGGCAGUAUUAUUACAUUGUCUUGAAUUAGCAUCCGACUGA